AUGUCGGCGCAUGAUCAAAUGCGAGCAAUGCUUGAUCAGCUUAUGGGAACGGCUAGAAAUGGCGAAACCAAUCGGUACUCGGUGAAGUUCUACGACAGCAAAGUAUGUAAGAGUUUUUUAUUAGGCUGCUGCCCGCACGAGAUCCUGGCCUCUACGCGUAUGGAUCUUGGCGAAUGUCCAAAGGUGCACGAUCUGGCCCUGCGAGCUGAUUACGAAAACGCGUCAAAGAACAAGGACUACUAUUAUGACGUUGAUGCCAUGGAACAUCUGCAAGCUUUCAUCGCCGAUUGCGAUCGUCGCACGGAAGCGGCAAAGAAACGGCUCGCUGAAACACAGGAAGAAUUGACUGCGGAAGUGGCUGCGAAGGCAAAUGCGGUCCACGAGCUGGCCGAGGAGAUAGGCAAGAAGCUUGCCAAAGCGGAGGCACUAGGUGAGGCAGGACAGGUGGAGGAAAGCAUGAAGCUGAUGUCGGAAAUUGAAGAGCUCCGGUCGGAGAAGAAUCGUGCCGAGCAGGAGUAUCGUAGCUCGAUACCGGCCAGUACCUACCAGCAGCAAAAGCUGCGCGUGUGUGAAGUUUGCUCCGCCUAUCUGGGCAUACACGAUAACGAUAUUCGGCUGGCAGAUCAUUUUGGCGGUAAGCUUCAUCUUGGCUUUUUGGCCAUUCGCGAAAAGUUGGCCGAGCUGGAGAAAACGGCUGGGCCGCGUCAGAAGGAGUUGCGUAAAACGGGCCGUGAUCGCGAUCAUGAGGAUCGUAGCCGUUCGCGGUACGUCGGCGGAAGGGAGCUCGAUCGGCGUUCCCGUGCAUUGGCUCGCAGCCGUGAUCGCAAAGACACAGUUGGUCGCGAAAUAAAACCUGCGGAAGAACGGAAGGAUCGAAAUGAAGGUCGCGACCGUGACCGUGAUCAACGCGAUCGUGGCGAACGACGCCGUUCAGCCGAACGCAGUAGCAGGCGGUCUAGAAGCCGAGAUCGUAGCCGCGAGCGUGAUCGUCACAACGAUCGCCGGAGACGAUCGCGAUCGCGUGAGAGAUCCAGACGGUAA